AUGGCAGUGAUUCAGAAGCUCAUGUCGGCUCCAGUAUAUGGUCCCGGGUAUACUCUCUUUGCAACUUGUAGCAGGGAUCAUGCUCAAUUAACUGUGAUAGCAUGGGCCGGAUUCGACAUGAUGGUGAACCCCCACUCAAGGAUCAGUUCAGCUUACAGGAAAUCUGAAAUUCAGAAGUGCGACCUUCUCCGUGCAUCGCCACGUGCUGGAUUUACUCCAGAGGUGAAUCUUGGUCUCAACCCCGGAGCGGGAGCAUUUAACGGCUCACAUUUGCCUCGAAAGUUUCGAUUAAGCUCAUGUGAACGGUAA